CGGGGCUUGAAGGAUGGCCAAGAGGUCGCGCAGUGAGGAUGAAGAUGAUGAUCUUCAAUAUGCUGAUCAUGAUUAUGAAGUACCACAGCAAAAAGGAUUGAAAAAACUCUGGAACAGAGUAAAAUGGACAAGGGAUGAGGAUGAUAAGUUAAAGAAAUUGGUUGAACAACAUGGAACUGAUGAUUGGACUCUAAUUGCUAGUCAUCUUCAAAAUCGUUCUGAUUUUCAGUGCCAACAUCGAUGGCAGAAAGUUUUAAACCCAGAAUUGAUAAAGGGUCCCUGGACUAAAGAAGAAGAUCAGAGGGUUAUUGAAUUAGUUCAAAAAUAUGGGCCAAAAAGAUGGUCUUUAAUUGCAAAGCACUUAAAAGGAAGAAUAGGCAAGCAAUGUAGAGAAAGAUGGCAUAAUCACCUGAAUCCUGAAGUAAAGAAGUCCUCUUGGACAGAAGAAGAGGACAGGAUUAUCUAUGAAGCACAUAAGCGGUUGGGAAAUCGUUGGGCAGAAAUUGCCAAACUACUUCCUGGAAGGACUGAUAAUUCAAUUAAAAAUCAUUGGAAUUCUACUAUGCGAAGAAAAGUGGAACAGGAAGGUUACUUACAAGAUGGAAUCAAAUCAGAACGGUCUUCAGCGAAACUUCAACACAAACCUUGUGCGACUAUGGACCAUUUGCAAACCCAGAAUCAGUUUUACAUACCUGUUCAGAUCCCAGGAUAUCAGUAUGUGUCACCUGAAGGCAAUUGUGUUGAACAUGCUCAAACUUCUGCUUUUAUCCAGCAGCCCUUUGUUGAUGAUGAUCCUGAUAAGGAAAAAAAAAUAAAGGAGCUUGAACUGCUUCUUAUGUCAGCUGAAAAUGAAGUUAGAAGAAAGAGAGUUUCAUCGCAGCCUGGAAGCUUUUCUAGCUGGUCUGGGAGUUUCCUCAUGGAUGAUAGCAUGUCUAAUACUAUAAAUAGCCUUGAGGAGCAUACUAGUGAGUUUUACAGUAUGGAUGAAAAUCAGACUGUUUCUGCUCAGCAGAAUUCACCCACAAAGUUCCUAGCUGUAGAGGCAAAUGCUGUGCUGUCCUCUCUACAGACCAUCCCAGAAUUUGCAGAGACUCUAGAACUCAUUGAAUCUGAUCCUGUAGCAUGGAAUGAUGUUACCAGUUUUGAUCUUUCUGACGCUAUUGCUUCUCCUGUCAAGUCCACCCCAGUUAAACUAAUGCGAGUUCAACACAAUGAAGGAGCCAAGGAAUGUCAAUUUAAUGUCAGUCUUGUACAUGAAGGGAAAAAAAACAGUUGUAAUGGUUCAAACAGCGGUUCAGAGGUUGUUCCUUUAACAUCUCCAAGUGUGGCCAAAUUUAGCACUCCACCAACCAUUCUCAGGAAAAAGAGAAGAAUACGAGUGGGCCAGUCCCCAGGCAGUGAACUUAGCGAUGGCUCAUUCAAUGAUGGCUGUAAUACAGCACUGAAACACACACCGGUGAAAACACUACCAUUUUCUCCUUCACAGUUUUUUAACACAUACCCUGGAAAUGAACAGAUUAACAUAGAAAAUCCUUCAUUUACAUCGACCCCUAUUUGUGGGCAGAAAGUUCUCAUUACAACUCCUCUUCAUAAGGAAACAACCCCCAAAGAUCAAAAGGAAAAUGUGGGAUUUAGAACACCUACUAUUAGAAGAUCUUUAUUGGGUACUACACCAAGAACUCCUACUCCUUUUAAGAAUGCACUUGCUGCUCAGGAGAAAAAAUAUGGGCCUCUUAAAAUUGUGUCACAGCCUCUUGCCUUCUUGGAAGAAGAUAUUCGGGAAGUUUUAAAAGAAGAAACUGGAACAGACAUAUUCCUCAAAGAGGAAGAUGAACCCACUUACAAAAGCUGCAAACAAGAGCAUACUGCUUCUAUAAAGAAAGUGAGAAAAUCAUUAGUCUUAGAUAACUGGGAAAAAGAAGACGCAGGUACUCAACUAUUGACUGAAGACAUUUCAGACAUGCAGUCAGAAAAUAUAUUUACAACAUCUUUAUUAAUGAUACCAUUAUUGGAAAUACAUGACAAUAGGUGCAACUUGACUCCAGAAAAACAAGAUAUAAAUUCAACCAGCAAAACAUAUACAUUUAAUAAAAAGAAACCAAACCCUAACACUUCCAAAGUUGUCACAUUGGAAAAGACUUUUCAGUCGAAUUGUGAAUGGGAAACUGUGGUUUACGGGAAGACAGAAGAUCAGCUUAUCAUGACUGAACAAGCAAGAAGAUACUUGAGUACUUACACAGCUUCCAACAGCACUUCAAGAGCUCUAAUAUUAUAACUUAUUAAAACUGAUGAA